UUAGUCUUCGCGAAACAGUCAAGUCGGUUGCACGAAUUCCAAUUUUCAGUCUAAAAAGAUUCAAAUAUAUUUUUUCCUCUCUUUUCAAAACUAACCUUCCUCAAAAUUCGUUCUAUUCAUCAUCUUACAAAGGAAUGAAAAGCUGUGUUGAACAAGUUGUGAAUAAUUGAACUUCAAAAGCUUUCAACCUAUUCAGUUGUUUGCCAAAAAUAGAAGGAGCUUUAUUUUUAGUAACGACAAAAUAGAAAUGUAAAUGAAAAGGGGAAGGAAGUAUCGAGAGCGAACACCACUUUCAACAUAAUAUUUAAUACAUUUACAAGAGAUUGAACGUUCAAGAAUUUAGAACAACAAAUUUAUUGUGCAAACAUUUUGUGAAAAUCUUCUAACAAGAUGCUUUCAAAAGGAUUUAAUUUCUUCUUUCUUAUUCUCUUUGUCUGUUCUGCAAAUUCGCAACAGCCUCACCAUCAACAACGUCAUCAAGCACGAACGAUUCAACAAUUAGCGAGAACGAAAAAAAUCUUUGCGAUGUGUCCACCAAACUUUACUAAAAUUGGAAAUGAAUGUUACUAUUUGUCACCAAAUAAAGCGAGCUGGUUAGAUUCUCAUUUUGAGUGUAAAGAUAAGAACAGCAAGCUUGCUGAACCAUUGAAGUCAUCCGAUCGACUUUUACGAAAAUAUUUCAUGACGCGUGGUCGAACACGAGGAGAAAUUUGGAUUGGAGGCAUGUACAAUUGGCAACGCUUUAAAUGGCAAUGGGGAUACAAUGGAAAGGACAUGACAUAUCAAUCUUUCAGUCAAAUGAAGCCUGGUGAGGAUCUUAAGUACAACUGCGCUGUUCUUAAUCCCGACUUGAAAUACAGAUGGUCAGCCAAAUUAUGCUUUGAAAAGCAUUUUUAUCUCUGCCAACAUCGAAUGCCCUUCGUAAGUGAACGAAGCCGUCAAAGAAUUUAUGCAAAGUGGAACGAAACUUUCCCAGGGCAGUUUGCAAAUGAAAUUCAAGUUUAUGUAACAACAAAUGGAAGCAUUGGUAAUCGAAGGGAGUAUUAUCGCGCGACAUCUAAACGUCCCGACAUUCAUCAAAUCUCGUCGUCUGGGGAUCAAUACGCUCAGGCAAGCAAUCAAGUGCCGUCAACUGCUCGCUUUAACGGUGUCAUAAGCAAUGAAAUCAAUCCCCCUGAAGUUCUCUCCAAUCGUGGCAGCACAAUCAAUCAGAGUAAAUUAGUUCGGAACAAAAAACAACCAAAUAACCGAAGAAAACAAUUAAAAACUCUGAAGUUGACAGGAAAUGUUGAUCUUGGCAAUGAUAUUUUCAAGCAUAACAAACAAUAUCGUCGAAGAAAUAAUUCAAGAAGGCCUCCAACAACGACGGCAAUGAUGACAACAUCAACAACAACAACACAGCAUCCAAAUACAAUUUCGGAAAACUUCCAACCGAGCCAUCACCGUCAUAAUCAUUAUGAAAAUCGUCAACAUCAUCCCAAACCAUCUCAAAAUGAAUCCCCACAAUAUCCAGUUGCAUAUCCUCCUGAAACCACAUCCACCAGAAUUCCAUUCAUUCAAUCAACAACUCCUCAAGCUAGGAUUGUUGAGAAUACAACACUAAGUCAAAUGGCCACCAAGCUUUUGGAAAAGAAAAAACGCUUGGAGAAUAUUCGUAACAAGCUUUCAAAGCUUUCCGACCAGGAAAGACUCGAAUUUUUAAGAAUGAAGGCAGAGCGUAAAGCUAAGAAAAGCGUCAAAAGAAAUGACACCAUUCCGUGAUUCGACCAUCUUUUGUCACUUGUCUCUUUCCUUUGUUAAGAAGCAUAAGCAACAUAACGAUAGACAACAUCAUUAAAUGGAAGGAAAAGUUCUGAUCUAAACAAAAACUUUAACUCUUUAAACUUUUCCAUUGUUGCGAUUAAAAUGAACGAAGGAAAGAAGGAAAAGGAAGAAGUAAAUUUAAGCAUUUGAUUUAACUUUCUUUUUUUUAUGCAAAUAAACUUUCAUUCUGCCGUAACUCAUUUUAAAACAGAAUUGAAUUGAAUGUGAUGAGCAUGAGAUUCAACUAAAAGAGCAGAAUUGAAAGAGGUUUACUCAGAUUCUUUAUCUUCUCAGAAAACUUUUCAUCUUCUUUUCCUCCGUGAAAUGAAGAAAGGAAAAGCUUUUCUUCUUCAACCUUAAUUCAUAAGAAGUUUGUGUGCACGUUAAGUCAUUUGAAAAAGUUUUAAGUUGGCAUGAAAACAUAUCACAGUCAAGAGAAAAUAAAAGAUAAAAAAGGCUUUUUAAAAGCUGACGUAAAACGAAAGGAAAACUUUUAAAAAUGUGACCCAACAGGCAGACAUUCCCUAAUUUCAAGCUUAACUCUUUUGUCAGUGCAAAAAGCUAGUUGAUAAUGAAGUUAGCAAUAAUUAUUUCUUUAUAUUCAUAAAUUCAAAUGAAUCUUAAAACAGUUUAAAAUUGAACAAAAGUCAUCUUCUCAACCUUCCGACCUUUUAAAUUGUAAACUUCACAACCAUCAAUCGUUUUUUAUUUAAUUAUAUUUUAAGAAGAUUUUUUCAUCCACCCACGCAACAAAACCACAACAAAACUAUAAAAUAUUUUCACCUUUCUUUAUAUUUCUUUAACACCUUCAUGAUGUUAUUUAAGAAGAAAAAAAAGCUUCAUCUCAAAAAGGAUUGUUAAUAAAGAAAUUAAUCAAUAAAUAAUAAUAAAAAGAUGAAAGCACUUCUAAAA